GAUAUCAAUCUCGAUCGGUUUAUACCUGAUUACUUCCGUACCCCUCCCUCCCCCUUCCCCACCACCUUUCUCCCCGAUUUCCUUUUUCCUCCCCUCUUAGCUUAUUUACCCCUCUUUCCCUGCCUUGAACUCAACUGUUCCUUCCUCCAUCCACCACCCACAUUAACGGGCUCCCUCCGUUUCUUUGUCUUCCUUGUUCUUCAAACUCCCCAGACCGCUAACACAUCUCUUCGUUUAUAACGGAACAGACCAAUUCAAUAGUUUGAUUCAAAAGCCUCUUCCAUCAUGGUCAAAGCUGUGGUACUUGGAGCUUCUGGUGGCAUUGGCCAGCCAUUGUCUCUCCUGCUGAAGACCUGUCCCUUGGUUGAAGAGCUUGCUCUCUACGAUGUUGUGAACACUCCUGGUGUUGCUGCUGAUCUCUCCCACAUCUCGUCUAUCGCUAAAAUCUCCGGCUUUCUGCCCAAGGAAGAUGGGCUGAAACAAGCCCUUACUGGUGCUAACAUUGUUGUCAUUCCGGCCGGUAUCCCCCGCAAGCCUGGUAUGACCCGUGACGACCUCUUCAAGAUCAACGCCGGCAUAGUGCGAGACUUGGUCAAGGGGAUUGCAGAGUUCUGCCCCAAGGCGUUUGUUCUGGUUAUCUCAAACCCCGUUAAUUCUACUGUUCCUAUUGCUGCAGAGGUGCUCAAAGCCGCUGGCGUCUUUGAUCCUAAGCGCCUCUUCGGUGUCACCACUCUGGACGUCGUUCGUGCAGAGACCUUCACCCAAGAGUUCUCGGGCCAGAAGGAUCCUUCUGCUGUUCAAAUCCCAGUUGUGGGUGGCCACUCUGGCGAGACCAUUGUCCCCCUCUUCAGCAAGACUACUCCCGCAAUUCAGAUACCGGAGGAGAAGUAUGACGCACUGAUCCACCGUGUCCAAUUUGGUGGAGAUGAGGUGGUCCAAGCUAAGGAUGGCGCUGGUUCCGCCACCUUGUCUAUGGCCUAUGCCGGUUACAGGUUCGCCGAGAGUGUUAUCAAAGCUUCGAAGGGUCAAAAGGGCAUUGUCGAGCCUACCUUCGUCUACCUGCCUGGAAUUCCCGGCGGUGAUGAGAUUGUCAAGGCAACUGGCGUGGAAUUCUUCUCUACUCUUGUAACCCUAGGAACCGAUGGCGCAGAGAAGGCUAGCAACGUCAUUGAGGGCGUGACCGAUAAGGAAAAGAAGCUCCUUGAGGCUUGCACGAAAGGCCUUAAGGGUAAUAUCGAGAAGGGCAUCGACUUCGUUAAGAACCCACCACCAAAGCUUUGAAGCAUAAAAUUAUUUAAAGACGAAUGGAUGAACGUGGAAUCGUGUCGCUCCGGUGGAAGAGGAUAGCAGAGACAGGCAGAAUGGAAACGAAUUGUACUCAUACCUGCACGAACUCAUCUCUAUGUACUGUAAGAGCAGGAAGAGUGGUCUGUGACCCGAUUGUAGAGCAUUAGCCGAUUCGGUUACCCAGUCUAUCUGAUGCUGGGCUCGGUUUUCAGGCCCUUUUGCUGUACUGUCCCAAGGCUAUCUCCGCUGCGAGAAUGGACAUUUCAUUACGUACAGGCCAGCUGUUCGCACUCCAUUCAUGAUUUGGGUUGGACUGUUUUGAUCUGAAAUGUUGCUCCCGGAAGCUCACCCGUCUCGGCCUGAACAGUAGUAUUGAUCCCCAGGUUUGAUAAAGCGCCGCGAAUGACACCACACGGGAACCAUAAAUAC